UAGUUUUCCAUUCCCCUCCACUCCCCCUCGAGUUUUUUCUUAGAACCAUUUGUUUGAUUUUGAGCUUUAAUUUUGUGAUGGAAAUGAUUCCAUGGCGUCCUCUUGAUUUCCAGUAGUUGUAGAUCAACAUGGCCCAUCAAAUCCUCCAUAUCUUAAUCUUCGUUUCUCCCUCUUCCUUUCUUUCCUUCUUACUCUCUCCGCCGACACAUCUCCGACCCCAUUAAUGGACCUCCCUCCCGCCAUUUCCUUCUCAUGGAGCCGUACUGUCUCCCAUUCUCUUCGCAUUCCUCAACACCUGGCAAUAUGUGGCAACAGGUGUCGAGUGUUCUGUGUCAUUGAUGCUACAAAGAUGAAAAAUCAGCUCACAGUAUCAAUAACUGGAGCUACAGGCUUUAUUGGCCGAAGGCUUGUGCAAAGGCUACAUGCAGAUAAACACAACAUUCGAGUUUUAACACGUUCUAAAUCUAAGGCCGAGUUGAUAUUUCCGGCUAGGGAGUUUCCAGGAAUCAUGAUUGCAGAGGAGCCGGGGUGGAAAGACUGCAUCCAAGGUUCAGAUGGAGUUGUUAACUUGGCUGGCAUGCCUAUAAGUACCAGGUGGUCUUCUGAGAUCAAGAAAGAGAUCAAGCAAAGCAGGAUCAGAGUCACCUCAAAGGUUGUAAGCUUAAUCAAUGACGCACCGGAUGCAGCUCGCCCUACGGUUUUGGUUAGCGCAACAGCUGUUGGUUACUAUGGUACUAGUGAGACAGCAACAUUCGAUGAACGAAGUCCAUCCGGAAAUGACUACUUAGCAGAGGUUUGUAGGGAAUGGGAAGCAACAGCCCUGGGAGUAAACAAGAACGUUAGAGUGGCUCUUAUCCGUAUAGGUGUUGUUCUUGGUAAAGAAGGUGGUGCUUUAGCCAAAAUGAUACCUCUCUUCAUGAUGUUCGCCGGAGGCCCUCUGGGAUCUGGAAAACAAUGGUUUUCGUGGAUUCAUUUGGAUGACAUUGUGAACUUAAUAUAUGAAGCUCUGAUCAAUCCAUCUUAUCAAGGGGUUAUAAAUGGAACAGCACCGAACCCAGUUACGUUGGGUGAAUUAUGUAAAGGAUUGGGAGCUGAGAUGGGAAGACCUUCAUGGCUCCCAGUACCUGACUUUGCUCUCAAAGCCGUACUUGGAGAAGGAGCUUCUGUGGUUUUGGAAGGGCAAAGGGUGGUUCCUACCAGAGCCAAGGAAUUGGGUUUUUCGUAUAAGUACCCUUCUGUCAAGGAUGCACUCAAGUCCAUUCUUUCCUAAGUUCAAUUAUCAACAAAAUUGGCCACAGCAAUUGUUUUUUCUUUCUUUUUGGAUGAGAUUUACUAUUUAAUUGUGUUGUAAAUUCGAUUUUGGUAUGAAAUGAAUGAUGCAAAGAUUAAAAUUGUAGUGUAGUGGAGAAGGAGAACAAAUAAUUGCUCAUGAUUUAUAAAUUUAUGGACACAAAGUGAGGUAUUGCAUGGCAUGAUUUCAACUA